UUUAUUUUAGGACAGAAACUGAGAACUCUUAAGUAGCCUAGGUUCGUGAUUUUGCACAUAUGACUGCAACAUAUGGUUUCGCCAGUGAUGUGGCACUAGCUUUACUAUAGUCAUUAUUGACUAUAUAUUGCUCUCCCGUUCAGAGGGGUCGGGGUAUCGUGAGCCCGUGACAGUGGGAGAGUUAGCACUCCCAAUCAGACAGCCUACCCGUAUCGGUCGUCCAAUGGUUAUUUACCGACAAUGGUGACGUCACAAGCGGCCUUGGAAAGUGUGCUUGUGAAGCUAAGACUCAGGAGGAUAAUAGACAUCCCGGCGAAAAGGCGAGAGAGCUGCAGGAUGGCGAGUACAGCGGUUGUGACUCCAGACUUACCCAAUGAUAAACCAAACCACUUUCAUUUGGUCUCCUGGAUGAACAACCUUCUGCAGACAGACUUCAAGGAUGUGCGGGAGAUGUGUUCAGGUGCCUGUCACUGUCAGAUCAUGGACUGGAUUUUUCCUGGCUCUAUUGACAUGACCCAGGUGAAGUUUGAUGCACAGGGGGAGGAUGACUUCAAGCACAACUUCAGUCUCCUCCGUGAGGCCUUCAGCAAGAGCGGGAUCACGAGGACCAUUCCAGUUGAAGAGCUAAUAAAAGGAGACUUUAAAAGCAACUUGCAGAUCCUGAAGUGGUUCAAAGCUUUCUACGAGGCAAAUGUGAAAUGUGAAGAAUACGACCCUGUGAAAGCUCGUAACAGCCGUGUUAUCAGUCCUGUUGUGGGAUCUCCACUGUCACAUAAAUGGAGCUCUAAAUUGGAAUCAGACAUGGAAGAGAACGACACUGAAACAACCAAAGACUUCCUUUACACUGAAAAGUGGAAGGAUAUUUUUGAUUGGGCUGAACGUAGUACACUUGGAGAGCACUACACCUACUGCCGCUGUUGCACAAAGAACCUGACCACAUUUCAUAAAGGGCUUCUUGAUCUCAGACGACAUGGGGAGACAGCCACACACAAAAAAAGGGCUACAACUUUCAUCAGCGCUGACCCGCAAAGCCAACUGUCUGAGCCGCUGCCCUGCAGCGACGCAGCUCUCCGCCUUAUUCACAACCACUGUUACACUGGCUCUGCUAAAGGUGAAGAGGUCUCUAAACACUUUGCACGCUCUAAGCUGGGGCUGCACUACCCCAAAGAUAUUGCAUCUGUUUGCCAGCACACUCCUUACUGCGUAUACAUCUAUGUGGGUGUAACAGUGGGAAAGGAUGACACCGUCUCUGUGGUCCUUGUUGGGUUUUUUGAUGUCGAAGCCUCCAGGUACUGCAUCCGAUUUCUGGAUGCUCUUCAGGCAGGAGAAGGUGCAGGAGAUCAGACAGAAGCAGCAGCAGUGGUGGAGACCUUGAAGAAAUUUGAGUUACCCAGAGAUAAUCUUGUUGCUGUUUAUUGUGAUGGCAAUGGUGCAGUCUCAGAGCAGAUCUGCUCAAAGCUCAGGGAACUUAGCCCAAACAUAGUAGCAUUGGGAGAGCUGUACACUAUUGCUGAUGUUGCUUGCAGUGCUGGGGUGAAGUGGCUCUCCAGUCACACUCAAGAGCUAAUAGCACUCAUCCAUGCCCACAACUCCUCUUGCACUAAGAAGAAUGACAACCUAGACACUCUUUUUGGCUCAGAUAUCAGUGUGGACAGUCAGUCUUUUAAUCUCAACACCAACUGCCUUAAGUUUUACCUGUUCAUCACAAAAAUCUUGGGAAUGUGGACAGACCUCAUGUUGUACUUUAAAUCUUGUGAGAAGAAUGAUGACAAAGCCAAGUUAAUCUGCUCCAAGUUGCAGGAUCCCAAAGUCAGGGCAACAUUUAUGUUCCUGGAGCAGGCCCUGAAGCCUUUGCACAGUUUCCAGAAGCAUCUGCAAACACAGGAGGAAGCUCCCCGUGCUGAUAUGCUGCCCAUUCUGGAAGAAGCCAGUAGCCUGCUGUGCACCUACACCUCCUACUUCCUUCAUCCACAAGCUGCUGUUCGCUUCCUCAAGGAACAUGACGCCCGAAUCCUUAAAAACAAGAAGUUCCACCUAUCAAGUUCGGAGCUCAAUCUGGGUGGGAAAGCCGUGGAAGACUUCCUGAAUGAGUCUGACUCUGCAGAGGUGCUGCCACCGUUGAAAAAGGAGGUGUUGUCUUUCUAUAUCGCACUCACAAGCUGCAUUGCAGAGGGGCUGCCCUUCAGUGAUGGGGUGCUAAGGAGCAUAGCUCAGCUGCUGAAACCCCAGAGCAGGCUGAAAGUGACGGGAAUCUGCAGCUCCCCCAAGGAGACCAACCAGCUCACGAGUGAAUUCCUUGAGUAUCAGCUGGCUGAAGAGGGAGAGAAAGACAAAUCAGCAGAGGUUUCACUAGACAGACACUGGGCCAGUGUACUAAAGGACACCGAGCCGACCUCUGUCUUCAGGAAGCUUGUUUUGACCCUGUUGUCUCUCCCCUUUCCACCACUUGAUGCUCACCAAGUUUUUUCUCAGGCCUUAGAGAAUAGAGACAGUGCACUCUUCUCUGACAGUGAAGCCUUAACAGAAAGCAAGUAUGACGUCAUGUCCGACAGCAAUCUCUCUGACACCUCCACCAGCAAGGACUCUCCAGUUUGCACUAGAGAACCGAACAACCUUAAUGUGACACUGAAGUUGUGUGAAGUCCGCCUUACAAAAAUCAAUCGGCCAGGGAAUGAAAAUGACCACGUACCUGGAGAGAAUGGUGUUGUGUUGACAGAGGGAACCAGCAGGGGAAGUUUUGGCUGGGAGAGCAGCUUGCGCCAGAAGCCACAGGCCCGCACAGUGUUUCAGGCUGGUGCUAGCACCUGGUCCAAACCUAUAGGUCUUGAGCAGGACACCAAAAAUGAUCCGAAGCCCCAAGAUGAGGGGGCAGAAGAAUCAUCACCAUCCAAUAAUUCCACACCAAGAGGACGACGGAAACACGCUUAUCGGGAUGGGAAAGGGUUUCUCACAGGAGAGCUGGUGUGGGGGAAAGUGAGGGGCUUUUCAUGGUGGCCUGGGAUGGUGAUGCCUUGGAAAUCCAAGUCUGCUCCCCCGGGUAUGCGGAGGGUGGAGUGGUUUGGAGACGGGAUGUUUUCAGAGAUUUGCACGGAUGGUCUGCUGGGAUUUAAUGCCUUCACUAAGUGCUUCUGCAAAAACUCCUUUGCCAGCUUGCCCAUGUACAAGGAAGCCAUCUACCAGAUCAUUGAGUUGGCAGGUGAGCGGUGUGGGAAAUCAUUUUCUGAGGCUGGAGGAAAUAGAGAAAAAGAGCUGAAGCUGAUGGUGGACUGGGCUUUAGAAGGAUUUCUUCCUACAGGACCUGAAGGAUUCACAUCCCCUGAUUCUACUGCGCACCAUGAUACCACUGACUCUACUCUGUCCGACUACCAGCCUCCAGCAAAAAAGAAAUAUGUUUGGAAAAAUAAGGCAAAUGCAUCCGCCAUCACCUGUAGCAGAGAAUCAAUAAUAGAAAAGGUCAAAGAGAAAGGCAAAACAAUUGAAGAUUUUUGUUUGUCUUGUGGAUCAUCUGAGAUUGACGUGCCGCACCCGUUGUUUGAAGGUGGUCUCUGUCUAAAAUGCAAGGGCAACUUCACAGAAACGCUGUAUCGCUAUGAUGAAGACGGCUACCAGUCGUACUGCACUGUGUGCUGUGGUGGCCUCGAGGUCAUUCUGUGUGGCAACGCCAGCUGCUGCAGAUGCUUCUGUAAGGACUGUCUGGACAUCCUGGUGAGCCCGGGAACCUUUGACAAGCUGAAAGAUGUUGAUCCCUGGAGUUGCUACAUGUGCCAGCCGUCGCAGUGUGAAGGAAACCUCAAACUCAGACCAGACUGGAGCGUCAAGGUUCAAGACUUCUUUGUCAACAACAGCGCCAUGGAGUUUGAGCCUCACAGAGUUUACCCCUCUAUCCCUGCCGAUCGGCGCAGACCAAUCAAGGUGCUCUCACUUUUUGAUGGCAUUGCAACAGGAUACCUGGUGCUCAAAGACCUGGGCUUCAAGAUCGAGCGCUACAUUGCUUCAGAGAUCUGUGAGGAUUCGAUUGCUGUGGGGAUGAUCAAGCAUGAGGGAAAGAUCGAAUACGUUAAUGAUGUUCGCACCAUCACACGGAAACAUCUGGCUGAAUGGGGUCCAUUUGAUCUUCUGAUUGGAGGCAGCCCCUGUAAUGACCUGUCCAUGGUCAACCCUCUUCGAAAAGGAUUAUUUGAGGGAACUGGAAGGCUCUUUUUUGAGUUCUACCGGAUACUGACCUUGUUGAAGCCGAAGGAGGAGGAAGACCGUCCAUUCUUCUGGUUGUUUGAGAAUGUGGUUUUUAUGAGUUCCAACGACAAGUCAGACAUCUGCAGAUUCCUUGAGUGUAAUCCAAUUCUCAUCGAUGCAGUGAAAGUCAGUCCUGCUCACAGAGCACGCUACUUCUGGGGAAACCUCCCAGGCAUGAACAGACCUCUUGCCACAUUUUUAGAUGACAAAGUGGCUCUCCAGGAUUGUUUGGAGGUUGGGCGCAUGGCAAAGUUUGACAAAGUACGCACCAUCACGACAAAGUCUAACUCCAUAAGACAGGGAAAGAUGGGCGCACUACCCGUCAGCAUGAAUGGCAAGGAGGACUACCUGUGGUGCACUGAAAUGGAACAGAUCUUUGGCUUCCCCAAACACUACACGGAUGUGAACAACAUGGGCCGGAUGCAAAGACAGAAAGUCCUGGGUCGCUCCUGGAGUGUCCCCGUAAUUCGUCACCUCUUCGCCCCACUGAAGGAUUAUUUUGAAUGUGAAUGACGACUGUGAAGUGAAUCUUCAGUGGUAAACCUACUGCCUUAUCCUGCCCUGCAGUAACAAGUAGUUCAAAUGCUCCAGUGUUUUUCUGAAAGAUGUAGUUUAGUACCAUUUUGAUUGUUAGAAGUGUUUGCUCAUGAGCUCUUUUAAUCUCGUGUGUUGUCAGUCAUCCAUGAUCCACUAUCACCAGCAGGCCCAAACAUUUAGCUUUUUUUCAGGUUUUCUCUGAUAAAUGAUGGUGCUGUCAUCAAACAAUAAUGUUACUCAGUAUAUAAGCUUGUAUCAUGAAGCGAGAUAGACCGUUAUUCAGCCGUCUUUGGGUUUAACUCAGGUUUUUUUUGUAUCAUAAUCGUAACUGAUGCUGCACAAUAACCUAAUCCGGAGCAGGUUAACUUCAGAAGAUCAGCUCCAAACGUGCCAACAGCCCAGCCACUGACCGCUUAGAUCACUGGAAUCAGGGAGUUCUGACACUGAAGGCACAAGAAAUAAUGUUGCAGUUGAGAUGUCGGUAGAGCCUGCCAUGAUAAUUAUGUCAGAGAGAGAACCAACCAUUUUCAUCUCUCUGUUUUUAGCAGACAAGCUCUAAAGCCCCAUUGUACACGACCAGCUGUGGAGCACGUGACAGACAGAUGCAGUUAGCGAUGAGCAUUUAGCAACUACAGAGCCAGGUGUUCCUACCAGGUCACCCGUGUUAGCCUCAGUGAAGCCAGGUAACCCAAAGACAGCUGGUGAACUCUCUGUGAUACAGGCCUCAGGUCUCUACCUCAACACUGAUUUAUCAGUUAAAAAUCUGCAGUUACACUUUUUAAUCUUUCUAAUUUAUGGAAAAUGUAAACUUCAUGUUUUUGAUAUUGUUUUAUUGCAUAUUCUUACCAGGGAUUUUCUAAUCAUGUUCACAAUUAGCUAUGAUGAAUUUUAUUUUUACUUCCUAUAAGUUAACCAACGAACCAGUUUUUUACUCUGACAUUUGAUGCAUUUUUCUCUCACUGUGGUGCACCAGUGAUUUUGUCCAGCUUGACCUCACUGGGUUUGCAUUUGUGCUAACAUUUGAUCUGUUUUAAGGACCGUUAUUUAUACAAGACCAAAAAUAUUUGGUGGAUACUCACUGAGAACAAGCUGUUACCAUCAGUUUUUCAACUGCAGCAGCUUUGAAUAUCACUGUAGUCAGAUAGUGACUACAUAUCAUGAUGUAAUGUGUUCUCUUAUGAAUGACACAUGUAACCUCAAGCACCCUAACAACGGUUUUUUACCUUCGAUCCCUUAAAUAACCAAGUGUGGACACUGUAAACUUGACCACUAGACGUUCUGGCUUGAAAAAGUCAAAGCACAUGACUUUGUUAAAGUACAAACUGCAAAAGGCUUUUAUUAUUGUGUUUGUUUAGUUUAAGACUAAAAAAGGCAGCAAAUCUUCACAAGUGAAAAGCUGGGGGAUGUUUGAUAUUUUUACUUAUAAAUAACUUCAGCGAUUAAUCAAUUAUCAGUAUAGUUUUAUUUAUCUGUCGAUUGACUAAUCAUUGCAGAAAUUACUGAGACAAAGCAUUCAAUAUUAAAUAAGUUAAAUUAGUAAAACAGUAUGAAAUACUUAACCACACUAUAGACCAAAUAUGGAAUCAAAUCAUGAAAAUACUGUGUGUUUGAGCGGUGGGAUCGUCGUCGUUUCAUCCUGCUUUUUCUUUCCUGUCAUGUUUAUUGAAUUGCAGUAUUUUUUUUAUUGCAGAAUACACAGUUUUACAUCAUAAUGACCCUGCAUAUCACAGUGGUCUGUCAGUCAGGAUGAACAUGAUAACAGACACUAUCAGCUAUGUUAUAGAUUACCCACUCAUCCAGAUCAAAGCAACAACCAGUCACACAACUAGUUGUAUGUCUAUCUUGGUUAACACACACCAGUCUUGUGAUUAAAUCAAUCAGUUAUUAGGAAAAUUGUGAAAUAAAUAGGGAUAGUCUGAAUUACAGCUAAUGAUUCUGAUGCAAUCCUGUGCAACAUUGUGAAAAUAAAUAGAAAUGACUUGUUUUGUUUCUUGUUGUGAAAAGAAACAGGAUGAAACAGUAUCUCAUAAUGAAAGUUUGAAAGCUUUAAUGGAUCAUUUCACAACGUCAUGGUUAUAUAUAUAUACAGUGGGGCGAAUAAGUAUUUGAUAC